ACUGUCCUGUAUCUGAGUUAUCACCAUGUUUAGGACAAAGUCCAGCUGCUGGGUCAAACACAAGCUGACAUUAUCACCAUUUGCUACACCAAAACAGCUUACGAAAUAAUACGUCCAGGAGAAGAGACAACAAGAAACUGAGGAACAUGGAUACAACAUCUUCAUUUAUCAAAUCUGUGACCAAGCGAGUGUGGGCCCCACCUCAGCGUCCCUUCAGAGUGUGUUGUCACAACAGGGAGACCAGGAAGGGCAUCACAGCCGGGACCCUGGAGGAGCUCAAAGAGAGGGUCUGCCAGACCCUGCUGCUGUCCCUGUCUGCAGGGUCUCUGUCUCUGGCAUGUGAAGAGGACGGCACUGAGGUCGACUCCGACGAGUUCCUCAUGACCCUGCCCGACAACACCAUGCUCAUGGCCCUGGAGCCUGGAAUGACAUGGAGACCACAACCGGGUGCAGUUGUGCCCAAAUCUCAAGACCACAACAAGCCAAGGACUGGGAGAGACAUAGCUCGUGUGACCUUUGACCUGUACAGGAUAAGCCCAAAGGAUGUCUUUGGCUCUCUGAAUGUGAACGCCACUUUCCAAGGCCUGUAUUCUGUGAGCGCUAACUUUGAGUGUCUGGGGCCCAAGAAAAUCAUCAGAGAAGCCCUGCGUGUGGCCUCCACCCUCCUACACACCGCUGGACGCCUGCUUAUCACUACCGCCUCCAUGAUCCGUCGCAUUAUCGAAGGCGCAGAGCUCUGGCAGCCACAGAGGACAGAGUACAAAGCCAGCUGGAACUGACCUGCUUAGACGUAUCAUAGAGCAACUUGGACUGAUAAUAUUGUUGACUAAAUAGGGAUCUUUAACGCGUAAAGACCUGUCGUAACAACAGAGGAAGCUUUUUGAAUGUAGCUGGAUAACAUGAGAAUAACUCAUCUGUUUUUCUAUUUUUUGUGCAAUAUAUUUCACAUAAUAUUCUAGAAUUGUCCUUUAUUUUUGGUAAUUUGGUAACUAUUUUUCUAUUUGCUUUGAGAUUACAGCCGCUGUUCACUGAUCAUUUGGUCAGUUUAUGAGUGUUUCGAUGUAAAAAUAAUGACAAGAAGAGUCAUGUUCAAACAACAUAAACUGUUUUACUUGAAUGACAAUAAAAACGUCUGCACA